GACUGGAAAGUUCAGUUGGUCCAUGGGACGGCUCGGCUUUGUUACUUUGUAAUAGUCUAUUUGAAUUCAAAAGUUCCGGUUUUGAGAAAUAUUAUUGACUGAAUAUUUCCAUGACAGGUUUCAGAGUCCGGCAAUAAGAGCUACAACGCUAAUGUUCUCUGGGUGUCACUGAGUAGACUGAUACCCGAUGUCAUUGAUCCACAAUCCAUAGCUCCCUAGCACAACGCCACCCCGGGGACGUCUGUACUCUGUCGGGACCAGAGACCAAGGCUAUGGAGACCUACAUUGGGGACUCCCUAGCUGCAGAAUUUAUCCGUCCCUCUUCCUCUCCGCUGGCGCCAGGUUCUUCUUCAUGGAGAAAAAGGACAAGACCCUGCGCCCGUGCAUUGACUACCGGGGACUCAAUGACAUUACUGUGAAGAACAGUUAUCCGCUACCACUCAUUUCCUUCGAGCCGCUCCAGGGGGCCACUGUUUCUCCAAGCUGGAUCUACGAAACACCUACAACCUGGUGCGGAUAUGAGAGGGAGACGAGUGGAAGACCACCUUCAACACGGCCAGCGGCCACUACGAAUAUCUGGUCAUGCCCUUUGGCCUCACCAACGCCCCUGCCGUGUUCCAGGCUCUGGUGAAUGAUGUUCUCUGUGACAUGUUGAACCGGUUCGUCUUCAUCUACAUUGAUGACAUCCUCAUCUUCUCCCACUCCCCCAAUAACACGUGCUCCAUGUCCGACAGGUUCUCCGGCACCUUCUGGAGAACCAGUUGUUUGUUAAGGUGGAAAAGUGUGAUUUCCAUUGCUCCACCAUUCCUUUUCUGGGCUACAUCCUCUCUGCUGGGAGUGUCCAGAUGGAGCCUGAGAAGGUGAGAGCGGUGGUGGAUUGGCCUCAGCCUACGUCCAGGGUGCAGCUGCAACGCUUCCUGGGGUUCGGCAACUUUUAUCGCCUCUUUAUCUGGGGUUUUAGCACCCUGGCCUCCCCCGUCUGCACUCACCUCUACCAAGGUUCCGUUCAUGCGGUCCUCUGCCGCUGAACGGGUGUUCCGGGACCUUAAACACCGCUUCACCACUGCUCCUAUCCUGGUUCAUGCUGACCCUUCCUGUCACUUCGUGGUGGAGGCUGAUGCUUCGGAUGUCGGCGUGGGGGCUGGACCAUAAGCUGCAUUCCUGCGCUGCCUUCUCCCACCGCCUCAACACCACAGAGAGGAUCUACGAUGUGGGGGAAUCGGGAGCUUCUCGCGGUGAAGAUGGCGUUGCAGGAAUGGAGGCACUGGCUGGAAGGGGCGGAACAUCAAUUCAUUGUGUGGACCGACCACAAAAACCUGGAGAACCUCCGCACCGCCAAGUGCCUCAACUCCAGGCAAGCAAGAUGGCCCUGCUGUUUAUCCGGUUCAACUUUUCCCUCUCCCACCGGCCAGGGUCCAAGAACGUCAAGCCAGAUGCCCUUUCUCGCCGCUAUAACCGGAAACAGGUCCGGGAGGCACAGUGGUCCCAGCCGAACCCUGAUAACCGGAUGUUUGUGCCUGACGCUCUCCGUUCCGCGGUCCUGGAGUAGGCCCAUUCCACCAGGCUUGCCUGUCACCCGGGUUCUCGUCAGACCCUGGCCUUCGUGCCCCAACGCUUUUGGUGGCCUACUAUGGUUCUGGAUGUUGCCGCAUUUGUCGCCGUCUGCACGGUCUGCGCACAGAACAAGACUCCUCGGCAAGCUCCGGAGGAUUUUCUCCAACCACUGCCUGUCCCUCACCGUCCCUGGAUCCCUGGAUUUCAUCACGGGUCUCCCCCCAUCUGAGGACAACUCUGCCAUUCUGACUGUCGUUGAUCGGUUUUCCAAAGCCGCUCACUUCAUUCCUCUCCCCAAACUACCCUCGGUCAAGGAGACGGUCCAGCUUAUGGUGCAGCACGUCUUCCGGAUCCACGGACUCCCGGUGGACAUGGUCUCCGACCGGGGUCGGCAGUUCUCAUCCUGGUUCCGGAAGGCGUUCUGCACGCUCAUUGGGUCGUCGGCCAGCCUGUCCUCCGGAUUCCACCCCCAGUCCAACAUCCAGUCAGAGCGAGCCAACCAGGACUCUUUGGUGCCUAAUCUCCGCCAACCCUACCAUCUGGAGUCAGCAACUGGUAUGGGUUGUGUACACCCGCAACACCCUUCCUUGCUCUGCCACGGGUCUCUCGCCCUUCGAGUGUUCCUUGGGAUAUCAGCCUCCGCUCUUCCCGAGCAAGAGGAGGAAGUCAGCAAUCCCUCUGCCCAGAUGUUCAUCCGCCGCUGUCACAGUACCUGGAAGAGAGCCUGGGCCGCUCUGUUGAAGACCACUUCCAGGGACUCCUGAAACAACCAGCAAACCAGGCUGUCGUCUUGUGAAACAGUGGAUGUAUAGAAUCUAGCUAGCUUAAGUAUUUACUGCAAAUUGAAUGUACAAUUUUGUAAGCUUGCCUUGCUGAUAUGCCAUGCAGAUAUAUUAAAAAACGUAGCUAGCUAUGUUCUUGCUUAUUGUGCAGUGGAGGAUACAAAUACCUGUAUGCCUAUGGAUGUGUAGCUAGCUAUCUAGCUGAUCUGUGUAUUGACCCAAACGUUUAGUAUACAUAUUAGUUCAGAACCUAGCUAUGAACCUCAGCUAUCAUAGCCAGUUGUAUCAACUUCAUAACAGUCUGAAUGACAUCAAUGAAGCCUAUGGAUUGA